AUGAUCCAUUAUGCUUGCAAAGAAGGAUUAAGCGAAAUUAGAAAUCCUUACAAAGCAACACCAGUUAUCGUUGCUAGCUCGUGCGGAAAUGUAAAAUUAACGCAAUACUUAAUUGAAGGUGGUUGCAAUCGCGAAGCAGUCAAUAAGCAAGGCAACAACUGUUUGAUGUCAGCUGCCGGCAAUGGAAAGGUUGAUGUUGUUAGAUAUUUAACAAGUAUCGGAUUUGGCAAGGACUGGUGUCGCCAAGAAGACGGCCUGAAUGCCAUUCUUUAUGCUUGUCGAGAAAAUCAACCUGAAGUUGUCAAAUUCUUAAGAAGCGUUGGCUAUGAUAUUAAUUCUAAAGCUAAAGAUGGUCAAAAUUGCAUUUUCUUUGCUUCCAUGAAAGGCAAUCUUGAUCUUAUUCAAUAUCUUGUAAAUGAAGGCGCGGAUCCCCAAGCAAGGACUGCUCAAGGUUCGACACCAUUCCAUGUUGCUGCCGAAAAUGGCCAUCUUGCAGUUGUUAAAUACUUCCAUCAAUUGGGAUGCGAUAUUAAUGUUCAAACUCUCAAUAACAAAACACUACUUCAUGUCGCUACUGAUUUUGGACAAAUUCAAGUUGUCGAAUAUUUGAUUUCAAUCGGCUGCAAACUCAAUGAAAAAGAUCAAACAGAAAAAACACCACUUGGUGUUGCAAAAGCAAGAAAGGAUAGAAAUGAAACGAUGGGAAAGAUCUUCAAGAUGCUCAAGAAGGCCGGAGCAAAGUAG